AGGACAUGUGAUAAUGAAAAAGAUCCUCUAUUGUCACAGAGAGGGAAUUCCCUUUCUGGCUCUGCAAAAUCCUCUGCAAGAGGGGGCGGGGCUGUUUCCCGCGGGUGACGUCACUAGCCACGCCCCCUAGUGGGAAAUCCCGCGCCACCACCUAUAAAAACCGCGGGAAAAAGAGAAGCCACAGAUUCGAACUUGGAGGCUCUGCAAAGAAAUCACUCCAGCCUUAUUAUCCUCCUUCGAGCCAGAACAGGAACCAUGAAAUCCUCCUCCUCCUCCUCCUCUUCCGUCCUGGCCUUUUCUGCCUUGGUCCUGCUAUUGGUUGCCUUUCUGGGCAAUCCAGUCGCCUCUGCCCCACUGGGAUCGGACCCACCGACGUCUUGCUGCUUCACUUACACGCUGAGGAAGAUCCCACGGAGCCACGUGGUUGACUACUACGAGACCAACAGCCGCUGCUCGCAGCCUGGCAUUGUGUUCAUCACUCGCAAGGGGCGUGAGGUCUGCUCCAACCCGGCUGAGCGAUGGGUCCAGGAGUACGUCAAUGAGCUGGAGCUGAAUGGAGAAGGCCGAUGAGGCCCUCCACUCUGCCUCAAGGAAUCUAUGAUAUUAAUUUAAUCCUAUUUAAGAUUUCCUCCUAAUAUUUGGUUUUUUAUUAUAUAUAUCUAUUUAUGUUUUAUACUUUUUCUAUCUAUAUAAUAAAAGUGAAAAUAUGUUUGUA